CAGAAGGUUUGAGUUGAUUGUGAUUCAGUCGUCAUUCAUAAUAGCCGUUUGCGAGAAUAAGCGGUCUCUGCAAAAAGUAUAAGCAUAAAUGGCGGGCUAAAUUAAAUUCUAACUUUCCAAAAAAAAACUCAAAUUAAAGACUGAGAUUCAAAGGCCACACAGAGAGAGAGAGAGAGAGAGAGCCAAGAAAUGGAAUCCUCAACUUCAAACUACGACACAAUGAUCACUCAACAAAUGCACAACAUCGAUGCAUUCACAGCUUCUUUCACCAAAUCCCUCAAAUCCCUCACCGACACAGCUCAACAAACUGCUCAAUAUCAAGUUCAAUUAGAAGAGGUUAAAGGAAAACUGAAGGAAGUAGAAGAUGAUUUGGUUAAAGUACUUGCAGUUAAAACCCGCAAAGAGGCCAAACGAAUGGCUUUGAUGGAUGAUAUUGCAUCUGCUAAGGCCAGAGUUGAAAACCUUAAUACAUGUAUUCAAGAGCAUCGAACCAGGAAACAAGAAUAUACAUCAUUUUUAUCUCAGCAGUAUCUUGCUUUGACAGCAUCUGAAGGGAAGUUUAAUGAGAGCACUGAGCAUACAGAUGAAACACUGGAGGCCAUCUCUUGGUAUAACAGGGUCCUUGGUUUUCAUGUCAAAGGAGGACGUGGAGUAAAGUUCACGUUCAAGAAUAUAAAUUUGAAGAAUCCAAAUGAGGAGUACUUUUUUACUGUCUUCCAUGAUAACAAUACUUACACGUUAUUAAGAUGUGAACCUCCCCUUGAUGGUAUCAAAGUGUUGAUCGCUGAAUUAAACAAGACAAAUGGUCUGUUUAAAUUUGUCCGAGCAAUGAGGAAAAAAUUUCAAGAAGCAUUUGCACAAGGGAGCUUAGCUGUACCAACAGUUAAACCUGAAGAAUCUGCUUUUAUCUCUACAUCUGCUCCUGGUGCAUCUGUUAUAAGUGAUUCUACAACCAAGGAAAAUGAGCAUCAAGUGGAACUCUCCGACGGUAGUGUAAGAUUAAAGAAAAAAAAUAUUCGUAGAAGGGUAAACUCAGCACUUUUUACUCCCGAAUCUGCAUCAUCUGUUCGCCAAUCUCCGCGGUUGAAGUGUGUAAUAGAGGGCUGAAAGAACAUGCUGAGCACCCGAUGAAGGUUUUUCGAUUGUUGCAACAAAAUAAUCUGGUUGUGGAUAGGAAAAGAUAUAAUCUUGCCGAAGAAUCUGUAGAGUAUUUUGCCACAUUGUGUUACAAAAAAGGGGUCGCUGAAGGGAGACCCCUGAAGGUUGAACCAAUGAUGCAGUGGCCAGCCCCUAGUAUGUGAAAACGUUGAAGAUGUUUCCGGGGUUGAUAGGAAACUACAGAGAAUUUCUAAAGAACUAAGGGUUAAUUGCCAAAUCGCUUACUGAAUUGCUUCUAAUGGUCUAAACAAACAGAAUAGCUUUCUAAGCAUUAAUGCUAUAACAUCACUGCCUCUCUUAGCAAUAAGGACCUUCUCUUGCUUUCCUCAGCUAACAACUUUAGGGAAGGCAUGACUGAAAUCAGUUUACAAAAGAGUGUUAAUUGCUAUAAUGCUGGACUGCUGGCAGUGCGUAAAUGGAGGCAUUAUCUAAUGGGGGAGCCACUUUAAUAUCCAAAAUAAUGUGCAUGUUUGGUUUCGUGGUAGGAUUGUAUUGUAAAAAUCUAUAGAGUGAUUUUGUAAAAGCUAUAGAGUGUGCUAUUUAGAAUACAUGAGCAAACAUUAUCAAUUCUUUGGAUUUUGCAUUUCCAGAUUAUGGAUUAAAAGGAUUUUCAGUGGCGAAAAACAAAAAUGAUAAAAGAAUGGUAACAAGCCUUCAACUUAAGGCGAGAUCCUUUUGGAGGUUUUAUUUUGACUCAUUCUCGAGUCCUGGGGUGCUUUAGGUGCAGGGGGUCAUUAUUAUCUGUGUUCUAGUAACAUUUAUUGUAGAUAGUUUAUAAUGGCAAGUUUUCUGAGUGAUUUUUUUAUAUGAUUCUUGCACAGAACGUCAGUUUAUGA